UGCUGCUGUGAAGGGCCUCAGUCUCCUGAAGGGAUAUGACAGAUCGAGUUUUCUCAGCAAAGAUUCCUCGAACUUGGGAGCCCACGACCAGGCUGGAUAGUUACUAACCAGGACAGUCCGUUUUCCCGCCUUUUCUGCGCCCAGCAGCAGUCUUCCCUUACCCCUCCCAACCUCUACCCUGCACGCAGGCGCAGAUCACGGCUUCUUAUUUCCUUCCACCCGCGCCCCCUCAAAGCUUCCCCUAGCAACAAGCUCGGGCUCCGCGCUAAGGCGGGGCGAGCGCAUGCGCUGCAGCCCUUUCCACCGCCAGUUGUCGGACAGCGCGCUGGGCUCCUCCUCCAAGACUAGCCCUGCUCCCCACCUCCUCCCACCCAGGGUCCGCGUGGCGGGGCGCGCGCGCACUCUGGCUGGGUUUCUGCCCAGCUCUCUGGCCGCAUCCUUAAGGAGAGAGGGGCGGGGCUGUUUCCUUUGGGGCCCCGCCCCCUUGGCCCGGUGUCCAUACCGCGCCUGCGCGCUCCCGCCCGGUCUCCAUCUUGGAAUUGGGAGGAAGAGGGAGAGGGAGACUGGGACGAGACCGGGGCUGUGGUGCGGAGAGGCUGAGACUGAGAAGAGGAGAGGGGGAGAGGGCACGGGGACCGCCCUUAGCUACAAUCUUUCAGCUGUUCUCGGGAAAGAGAAGGGGAAAGGGAGGGGACCGGGGCGGGAGUGGGGGCUGUCACCCUCGGACCCCGGCGUGAGAGGGGCCGUGCGGUCGGACGUCCUCGGGGUAGGCCCCCUGUCGGUGGCCGAAGACCUGGGGCUCAGUCCCCUCGGUCCCGAAUUUCCGGGCCUGACCCCACGCUUCUCAAAUAUCCGGGUCUCAGCCCCUGAGAUUCCAGAUAUCCGGGACUCGGGUCCCAACCUCUCUAAACCUGGGGCUCUGUUUCACAGGAUUUCAAAUAUCUGGGGUUCAGGACCCUGCGUGCACCAGUAUCCGGGGUUCAUUCCCCACGAGUUCAAAUAUCAGAUUCGGCCUCCCCCUGUUCAAAUACCUGGAGUUCAGACCCCACAAUCAGAAAUCCGGGAUUCAGCAACUGUCGCCCUCGAGGAGGAGGAGGACUGGACCGCGAGGUCAGAUCAGGUUGUCACCCCCUCCCCUCCAGGGGAGGCUUCCCGGGCCCGCCCCUCAGGAAGGGCGAAAGCCGAGGAAGAGGUGGCAAGGGGAAAGGUCUCCUUGCCCCUCUCCCUGCUUGGCAGAGCCGCUGGAGGACCCCAGGAGGAGGCGGAGGCGCUGGGGCACCAUAGUGACCCCUACCAGGAUGGGGAAGCCCAGCUGGGCCAGUGGUCAGCCUCUGGCUAG